CACCAAAGAAGAAGAAGAAGACGAACUGACGUAGUGGAGUACACAGACCGAACAGACGGAUGAAAACAAGGAAGUAGCUAGGAAACGAGUUUUGUGUUUUAAUACCGCGUUUUAAAUUCAUUUGUUUUCGACCAAGAACAAUGAACAACAAAGGGUCCUAUCCACAACAGACUGUGUAUCCUCAGCAGAGCACAGCACCCAUAUACCCUCCUGCUAUGCAAGUGCCACCACCCCAGGUACCCCCAUACACAGAUGCCCCUCCUGCCUAUUCUGAGAUCUAUCAGCCAAGGUAUAUGCACCCACCCCAGGUUACUGGGCAGCUACCUCCAAUAACCACUGCAUACCCUGCAUCUCAGAUGUUUGUGCCCAUGCCCCAGACUGUGCCUGUUGGCGCAAUGACCCCUAAUGUUCCCAUGGGUUAUUACCCCAUGGGACCUGUGUAUCCUCCAGGCUCCACAGUCCUAGUGGAAGGGGGAUUUGAUGCUGGAGCUCGAUUUGGCCCUGGUACUGCUUCCAUACCUCCUCCUCCUCCUGGACAUGCUCCAAAUGCAGCACAGCUGGCAGCAAUGCAGGGUGCAAAUGUGGUGAUGACACAACGCAAGAGCAACUUCUUCAUGGGUGGUUCAGGAGGGGGUUACACUAUUUGGUAACAGUGAGAAGGACCUGAUUGGACCUUGACCUUUCCCCUUGUAUGGUGUUCUCUUUCUUACCCUCUCUCCUGCCUCACCAGGGUCAGCUUGGCUAUGCCAUGAUAGUGAUAAAACAGAAUGUAAUAUUUUAUAGUCCCGACUCACAGUACAGUACUUUGUUGAUGUCUUUCAGUUUAAAGUACAUGAUAAAAUAUUGCAAACUCCUACUUUUUAGACCAUGGUUGGGAAACAGAAGGACAUUUAUUUUUAGCUUAUUUCUAUCUGUGUGGCAGAUAAAUGAUGAAAUGUUCCUUGGUUUUCCUUGAUGUUUAACAACCUACCACACCCUUAGUACUACUGAAUUUAAGUUAGCUCUGCCCUACUAUCAUUUAUUUACACACACUACCCAUUAAAUGGCUUCUAAUAAUAUUUUUAUUAAAUAACCUACAAUAACAGCAGUUAUAUAGUAGAAUAUUUUACACAUUCUAAUUACAACAGAGUACUGUACUGUACUUUAGGGAAACAGUAGAUACAUAUAAUUGGUUGUUGAUAUUGAGCACCGCAACUUUAACAUUUACAGAUUAAAAUGCGGUAAAUAAGCCCUUGUAUUUGAUUCAGAACGUUGGUUGGCUUUUUAAUUAUUUCCAUAUUGUGUCGGAUACCCAGAACUGUAUAUAAUGCUGUGUUUAGUUUAGUGAAGCAACAGUUUACUUUUCACAAAGGGUUUGUGUCAAAAUAAUUUCUUCAGCAUUAUUCUCAAAGUUUAAUCAAUUUGAAGUUUAGCGUUUGGAGUUAAUCAAGCCUUUUUUUCUUUCUUUCUUUUUUUUUCUUGUUUAAACCCAGGAAUGUACUUAAACCCAUCAAGCAGUCUUUUUUUUCUAGUAAACAUUUUAAAUGUAUAACCAAGCAGCCGGUUGUACCAAAGAUCCAGAUUAGUAUGCACUAAAUGCUUUUAAUGUGACUUGAAAAUCUUCUCUGAAUAAUUCUGCACAUAUGAUAAAUUAAUAAAUGAUAUGUAGAAACAUAUCGAUAACUGCUUCAUGAUGGUUCUGCAUGCUUUUUGCACUUUUAUUCAAAUCUAUUUUGUUUUAAUAAAGAUUUAUCAGUGGUAAUUUUUAGAAAUACUACACACAUUAAUUUAUGUGCACUGUCAACCAACUCUGAGAUGUUAGACUUUUUGGAAGUUUUUUUUUUGUACUCAUGCUUUAUACAUGCAAAUACAGUGUCAAUCAUUAAA